GUAUUUGAAACGUUACACAACGUAGGAGGAGACAAAGAGCUACGUCCAAAUGAUGUAUUUCCAAAUAUCUGAAUUAGGUGGGGCUAAACGAUAAAGUAAUAUACAACUUUAAAAUGGCUGAAAUCCGAAAGCCAGGUCCCAAGUUUCCUCCCACAAGACUUCUCAAGGCUGGCUACGAAGACAUAGUUCCCAAUGACUGUCACAGUGAAGAAGUAACCAAGGUGCUCAACGAACUUGUCCAUUCAACCUAUUUUGAAACCAAUAGCAGACCAAAUCAUACAAUCCAUCCUUCAGAAUUCAAACACAAUACACUGUGUAACCGUGCUGAAAAGCUCAAAGCCACUUUGGAACAGCAAAUAGUGGAAAUAAAUCAAUCUAUCCGACUGCAAGAAGAGGUCAUCCAGAAGUCACUGCCCAAUAUACAAACAUUGAUACGAGUGUCAAAAUUCGAACCCUCCUUGACGGCUGUCACGUUAAACUAUUGUAGCCUGACCACACCCACUUUGAGUCGAGUGAGACAAUGUGGUAUUGUUCAAUGUUGCAAGUGCUCACAGCAAGCUCUUCCCUUCACAAGAUUCUGUACUAAACAUAUUCACAAGAGUCGUGAUCAGUUUCUCUAUCGUUGCUGUACCUCAAGCGACACCACUACCAAAGAAAAAUGUGAUAAUCCAGUGCCAGAUAUCCUCUCUGCAAGCAAUACCUGUCACAAACAUUUCAGAGCUGCUGAUUUAGGUGGCAUGGCAUCCCUCAAGAGGGGUGUGAUCAGAGGAGGGAUUGGGAAGGGUGGCUCCAGAACCAAGAUUACGAAGAUUCUUCCUAAGAAAACUCCACUUCCCAAUAUUCUGAAGUCUCACAGAGACGCUCCUAACCUUAUUCACCAGCCUACCAUUGUCACCGUUGACCCCCCUAAAGGUUCACCCCCUCAGUCCACCAUUGCCGACCCCCCCAAGGGUCAACCCACCAUUACCGAAUCUCCUACGGACAAUUCGCUCGCACCCAGGAGCAGUCUGGAUGAUCUGCUCACACUGCCCCCUCCAUUACAAAGCCUGGACCUGCCACCACUGGAGGCAGACCUGGGGGACAUCAUGAUGGCCGGGGAAGAGGACGGGAACUGAUCACAUGACUGUGUAGUUAGAGAUGUAUGUAUGUAUGUACGUUUGUGGCUCCAUGAUUACAUACUUGUGCAAUCAACUGUGUAUAUUGCUGCUCGUGAUUAAUUCGAAAUACAUAUCAAUCCUAUAAUUAUGUA